CAGACCUUUUUUUUCGGAAUUCUGGGCAAAAGUGGGGCAGGGUGGGUCAUCUGCGGUUCAGGACAAGUGCGACGAAUUUACUGCAGAAUUCAGUGGGCCAGUGUCUUCCUCACCUGCCACGCUACAAAAAAGGGGUCUGAGCACUGAGAUAAGGGUUACCCAAAACAUCAGAUAACUUGCCGUUUGUUGGCUCAACCCUCUGGAUUCCGUUUGGUUCUCCAGCAAAGCUUCAGAACCCCAAGAUGGCUGCUCAAGCUCCCCCCACAGGCGAGCUCAGCCAGCUGAGUGUCGAGGACGCCAGCAACAAACCCAAGCAGGAUGCAGCUACGGCUGACAGCGACGAUUCCGAGGACGACGCAGAAGACGCCUCUGCCCCCGCCGCCGGUGCCGCCAAGAAGAAGAAGAAGAGAAAGCCGAGGAAGAAGAAGAAGAACCCCACACAGCAGUCCGACCCCCCGCGGGUGCUGAUCUCGCAGCUGUUCCCGGACAAGAAGUACCCCAAAGGCGAGGAGGUCGAAUACGUGAACGACAACGCCUACCGCACGACCAACGAGGAGAAGCGCCACCUUGACAACCUGAAGAGCGAGUUCCUCAACGACUACCGCCAUGGCGCCGAGGUCCAUCGUCAGGUCCGGCAGUGGGCGGCAAAGAAUAUCAAGCCCGGCCAGUCACUGACUGACAUUGCCAACGGCAUCGAGGACUCGGUUCGCGCCCUUGUCGGCCACGAUGGCCUGGAGGAGGGCGAUGCUCUAAUUGCCGGGAUGGGCUUCCCCACCGGGUUGAGCAUCAACCACUGCGCAGCGCACUACACGCCCAACGCGGGCAACAAAAUGACACUCCAGCAGGACGACGUGAUGAAGAUCGAUUUCGGCGUCCAAGUGAAUGGCAAUAUUGUCGACAGUGCUUUUACGAUGGCCUUCAACCCCCGGUACGACCCGCUCCUGGAAGCCGUAAAGGCCGCCACCAACGCGGGCAUCAAGGAGGCUGGCAUCGACGUGAGGCUGGGUGAGAUUGGCGGGGUCAUCCAAGAGGUGAUGGAGAGCUACGAGGUCGAGAUCGACGGCACAACCUACCCGGUCAAGCCGAUCCGCAACCUGAACGGCCACACCAUCCUUCCGUACAACAUCCACGGCGGAAAGAGCGUGCCCAUCGUAAAGAGUAACGACAUGACCAAGAUGGAGGAGGGCGAUGUGUUUGCUAUUGAGACCUUUGGCAGCACGGGCAACGGCCUCGUGCACGAGGAGGGCGAGGUGUCGCACUACGCCAAGCGUACUGAUGCGCCCAAGGUCGAUCUUCGUCUGAGCUCGGCCAAGUCGCUAUUGAGCGUCAUUAACAAGAACUUUGGCACGCUGCCGUUCUGCAGGCGGUACUUGGACCGUCUUGGCCAAGAUAAGUAUUUGCUCGGGUUGAACAACCUUGUUUCGAACGGCAUCAUCGAGUCGUAUCCGCCAUUGGUGGAUAAGAAAGGCUCAUACACGGCGCAGUUUGAGCAUACCAUUCUCAUCCGACCUACCGUGAAGGAGGUCAUUAGCCGUGGAGAGGACUUCUAACCAACUGUCUGAA